GUCAUCGAAAACGGCAACACCCUCUUUCUUCUGUUACUCUUCACACACUCUCAGAGACACAAAGGGAAAAGAAAUCUUUCAAAAUAGAAUAGGGAAAAUACUUAAAAACAGGAAAAGAAAAAAAAAAUGUUGAUUUAUAGAAUUCGAGAUCGAAAAAUAUCUAAGUAAAAUGCACGAGCUCCGAUUCCAAUUCUUCGCUCCGAGACACUUUCAGGGUUGUGCUUUGCUGUUGGGUAAAGCGUUGAGCUGGUGCAGCAUUUCGUAACCAUUGCCUUUUUAUUCUUUACUCUUCACAGGUGCUUGGAUGGUAUGGGAAGCAGAACUAUAAAAUAUUGCGAGGGUAGCACAUAUUAGUGACUUUAACAUUCACCAGGCACAUUUAUGGCGUCUGCCAGCCUAGGAAAUGGUGGAGUGGGCAGUUCCAGGUCUGUUAAUGGAUUCAAGGGUUCAUCUAGUUCAGUUGAUUGGCUGGGGAGAGAGAUGCUUGAGAUGAGACUGAGGGACAAGGUUGAGCAUGAUGAGGACAGAGAUAGUGAACCAGAUAUAAUUGAUGGUGCUGGUGCUGAAACAGGAAAUGUAAUACGAACUACUAUUGGUGGUCGAAAUAGUCAAACUAGGCAGUCAGUCAGUUAUAUUGCAGAACAUGUGGUUGGGACUGGUUCUUUUGGUGUUGUCUUCCAGGCAAAGUGUAGAGAAACUGGAGAGAUUGUUGCCAUAAAGAAGGUUCUCCAAGACAAGCGAUAUAAAAAUAGGGAGUUACAGAUAAUGCAGAUGUUGGAUCAUCCAAAUAUUGUUGCCCUUAAGCAUUGCUUCUUUUCAACUACAGACAAAGAAGAGCUUUACUUGAAUCUUGUUCUUGAAUUUGUCCCUGAAACUGUUAAUCGUAUUGCAAGGAACUAUAGCAGGAUCAACCAGCGAAUGCCCUUAAUCUAUGUUAAGCUUUAUACCUACCAGAUCUGCAGGGCACUUGCCUAUAUACAUAACAGUAUCGGUAUCUGCCACCGUGACAUCAAGCCUCAAAACUUGCUAGUCAAUCCCCAUACGCAUCAGCUGAAACUUUGUGAUUUUGGGAGUGCGAAAGUGUUGGUGAAAGGCGAACCCAAUGUUUCUUACAUUUGUUCAAGAUAUUAUCGUGCUCCUGAGCUCAUCUUUGGUGCCACCGAGUACACAACUGCAAUAGAUAUAUGGUCUACUGGUUGUGUGAUGGCUGAAUUAAUUCUUGGACAGCCUUUGUUUCCUGGUGAAAGUGGAGUUGAUCAGCUAGUUGAGAUCAUUAAGGUUUUGGGAACUCCUACAAGGGAGGAGAUAAAGUGCAUGAAUCCAAAUUAUACAGAAUUUAAAUUCCCCCAGAUAAAGCCUCAUCCAUGGCACAAGGUCUUCCAAAAACGUUUGCCCCCAGAAGCAGUGGACCUCGUAUGUAGGUUUUUUCAGUACUCUCCCAAUUUGCGAUGCACUGCUUUGGAAGCUUGCAUUCACCCUUUCUUCGAUGAACUGAGGGACCCAAACACACGCCUUCCUAAUGGCCGCCCUCUUCCUCCUCUGUUUAAUUUUAAAUCCCAGGAGCUCUCGGGAAUACCACUUGAUAUCAUCAAUAAAUUAGUUCCAGAACAUGCUCGGAAGCAGAAUUUGUUCAUGGCUUUGCACACCUAGCAACUGUUUCAAAAUCUUUGGUACUUGUGGUUGCUAUGUAUAUCCACUCCAUGUUGGGGGGUGUUGUAUUGGAAUCUGUCAAAGUCGGUCACUCUUCUUAUUAGUGUGUCCUGUGAGAAAGAGUGUUUCAAAGGAGUUGAUAGGGACAAAUAUUAGGAAACCUGAGGGCUCUGAGUUUGGUUGCUGAUGGUGAGUUUUUUUUUUUUUUAUUAACUCCAAGACCACUACAACUUGAUGUAUAUUUAUAUUUGUGACUGCGACCCCAUAAUUGCUGGGGAUUUUAGCGAGAUGGUAUAGUAUUAGCUCAUUGUGUAUGUUAUACCCA